UAGAAGGGUCCCAAACUAUACAGAGAUUUGGAUUAUUACGAUACAGUCCUGCAGGGAAAUGGCGGCUGUCAUUCAUAAUCCUCUAAAAUCGCUCGGUGACCAGUUCUAUAGGGAGGCCAUAGAACACUGCCGCAGCUACAAUGCCCGACUUUGUGCCGAGCGCAGUGUGCGUUUACCGUUCCUGGACUCGCAAACAGGGGUGGCACAGAACAACUGCUACAUCUGGAUGGAGAAGCGCCACCGCCAGCCAGGCCAGGCAGCAGGACAGAUGUAUACCUACCCUGCUCGAUGCUGGAGAAAGAAGAGGAGACUCCACCCUCCUCUGGAUCCCCAGCUCCGCCUGUGUGAGCUGCGACUAGAGGCUGAACUGGCCCCCAAGCGUGAGGUGCCCCAAGGGGAAGCCACAGCCCUGGAGGCCCUACUCAGGAGCGACAAUCUGCUGGAGAAAAAAAACAACAUCACUAAGGAGGAGGAGACGUUGCUGGAAAUACAGAGAGUACUGGAGGCAGACGAAAAUGGAGACGGUUUCCAAGAUGACGACGACUUUGAAAUGGACACUCCGAAGAGAAAAAACAGAAACAGAGGCAAAAACAGAGGAUCAAGUCGCAGGAGGACAGAUCCUGCUAACACUGAAGAUCAGGAUAAACCUUACGUCUGUGACAAUAGAUACAAACAAAAGCAUAACUCAAAAAAGACUGAAGAAGUCUGUGGAAAGCGCUACAAGAACCGGCCUGGCCUGAGCUACCACUACACCCACACUCACCUGGCAGAGGAAGAGGGCGAGGAGGAGAAAGAACCAGAGAUGACCCCAUCUCCUCCUAUGAGUGUGGACAACCACAAACCUCAGAAGGGUCCUGAUGGUUCCAUCAUCCCCAACGACUACUGUGACUUCUGCCUGGGGGACCAGGACUCCAACAGGAAGACGGGUCAGGCUGAGGAGCUGGUGUCCUGCUCUGACUGUGGACGAUCUGGUCACCCUACGUGCCUGCAGUUCACGGACAACAUGAUGCAGGCGGUGAGGACGUACCAGUGGCAGUGCAUCGAGUGCAAGUCUUGCAGCCUGUGUGGAACCUCAGAGAAUGAUGACCAGCUGCUGUUCUGUGACGACUGUGACAGAGGAUACCACAUGUACUGCCUGAAGCCUCCAAUGACCCAGCCUCCAGAAGGGACCUGGAGCUGUCACUUGUGUCUGGACCUUUUAAAGGACAAGGCCUCAGCUCAUGGAGAAGCAUAAUGACGUCGUGGAUCAUCUUCACUGCACACAUACACACACACACACACAACAUAUAUUUGUACAUAUACAUGUAAUUGACACAUAUGAGCAAAAGCUUUAUCUCACAGAGAAUUAGACACACACUCGGAUUAAAACACACACUUCACACACACACACACAUACACACAGUGCAUUAGCAGGCUCAGGGCAGUUUCCUGUGUGAGGCGCAUAAAUCCUCUACCUCUCAUGGCCGAACAACACUCCAGAUGCGAACGCCAUCAUCAUGUAUUCUCAACCAGAAGUCCGCUUAGAGCAGGUCGGCCAUUCAGUCACUUCUCUACCUCACCACUCAGCAGAUGGCAGGAAUCCAAAAGCAGGAUUGAAAAAAAGAGUCAAUUCUGUUCUGUGUAGUGCGUGUAGACUGUUGAAACUUGUAACUGGUUUUAAUGUUCAGGCGCAUCAGUGUGUUUUUGGCUUAUAGAGAAGAACUGAAAAUACAUAUAAGGAUUUCAUUUAGAGCACUGAUGGAUCACAAUGAACUCUUUUAUACUAGACCACAGGAAGUUACACCAGCUACCUGCUUUAACGUGGUGUGCAUUCAUUUUAGACCGAGCAUCUGGAUGUUUUCCUCCUGAUUUGACUUAUUUUGAGUGUGAUUUGAAUCAUGCUGCUGUCUGCUGAGGCGGUUUCACUUGGUGUUCCAACUCUACAGUAGGGGAACCUGAGUGGGUUUGACUGAUGUUUGUUUAAAUUUCUCCCUCCAGUCUCUACUACCAGUCUCUCCUGUUCAAACUUUCCAGUGACAUUCCUGAUUUCAUUUCUGGACAGACUCAAUGUUAGAUUUGUCACCAUACACAGUAUUUGUAAAGCUUGGUGAAAUUUAUAUCCAAUGUUAAGAGGAAAUGGGGAGAUAAAACAGCCUUGACUAUAAUUCCCGUUAGAGCAUGUUGACAUUUAAAUCCAUGUCUGUUUUCUGUACUCAUGCAGUUACUGGGUCACCAUUUUAACAUAUCUUUAAAUAGGUGGUGAAACAUCUAUUUAUGCUUUGUCUGUAAUGGUCAAUUAUUACUGUCACGGAGAUCAUUAUUAUUGUAAAUCAGUGGUUCCCAGACCUUUACUGUCAUAUACUCUGUGGAUACCAUGAAGCUCACUGGCCCUUCACCUCACCUGUAGAGUGUUUGUAAAAAUGGACACAGUCCUCUGGUUUCAGAACAAAAUCCUGUUGUGAAGCCUUUAGAUUUGCAAUUUAACCAGUGCCAUGUCAGUCAUUGAUACGUCACAUGCAACCAGGCACCCAUGAAACAUUAUUUACUUAUCGUCUACUGUACAAGACCUGAAACUAUGAAUUGAGACCAUGAAGUUUUUUGCAACCAGAGGAGCUGCCCCCGGUGGCUAUUCAAUACAUCGUUGCUUCCAGGUUGGCCCCAUCUGGCAACACAGAAGACCACGUUCACUUUAUGGUAUAUGACCCCACCACAGCCAAACAUGCAAAUAAGUAGCAUUUCUCAAGUUGAUGCU